GCGCCGAAUUGAAACAGCACCCUCUCAAUCCACCCUUCCGCCCACCCCUGGUUAUCUUGGGGGUUGGAAGGAGAUUUUGAGGGCUCUGUGGAUAUGAAGCUGAGAUUGUACCGUAAUUACUCGAUCAAGUUAAUGCUUGCGUGGGAAAUGUGCUGCCGCUUCGGUCCCCCUUCCUCCCCUUUCAAACCGUGCUUGUUCUUGCUGACCCUCAAUCCUUUUAACUCACCAGCUAUGGGAUCUGGUAUUCUGUUCUCAUACCCCCAAUUAGCUACUCUUGCCGGUCUACAAGGUGUCAUUGUGUAUGCCAUCUCUUCGGCCGCGCCGAUCUUGAUUUUCGCCGUCCUUACGCCUAUCAUUCGCCGCAAGUGUCCAGAGGGAUUCGUUCUAACCGAAUGGACGCGCCAGCGAUAUGGCCUCGUCACCGCGCUGUAUCUGAGCGCUUUGACGCUUCUGACGCUGUUCUUGUACAUGGUGGCUGAACUUUCUGCCAUUGGCCAAGUAGUGACGGCACUCACUGGGUUGAAUGGCUUACCUGUAGUCAUCGUGGAGGCUGUUGUUACUACUAUAUAUACAUCCCUUGGAGGAUUCAAGAUUUCUUUCAUAACCGACAACAUCCAGGGCACUAUGAUAGUUGGAUUGAUCAUCAUUGCUGCCAUUACCGUCGGCGUCAAGAUAGAGAUUAAGCCUGAGCUCAUUGAGAGCUCGGGACUGCUGAAGCCAAACCUGGUUGGUUGGCAGCUCAUAUACAUUCUGCCAGUAGCCAUCCUCACGAACUAUUUCUUCCUCGCCAACUUCUGGCUGCGCGCUUUCGCUUCCAAGACGGACAAGGACUUGUGGAUCGGCAUCUCCAUCGCCACUGUCUUCAUCACUAUCGUCCUCACCUUAGUCGGCGUCGCAGGGUUAGUCGCCGCGUGGUCUGGCGCGUGGCCCGGCGACCCACCGCAGGAGGACGGCUCCAUCGCCUUCUUCCUGCUCCUGGAGCAGCUGCCCAACUGGGUCGUCGGCAUCAUCCUCGUCAUGGCCGUGGCGCUCAGCACGGCUGCCUUUGACAGCUUGCAGUCGGCCAUGGUCUCGACGGCGUCCAACGAUCUUUUCCGCAACCGUCUGAAUAUCUGGAUCAUCCGUGGCGCCGUGGUGCUCAUCAUCUUCCCCGUCGCCGUGCUCGCCCUCAAGGCUCCGGGCAUCCUGCAGAUCUACCUCAUCUCGGACCUCCUCGCCGCGGCCACGAUUCCCGUGCUCGUCAUGGGUUUGUCCGAGCGUUUCUACUGGUGGCGCGGCUUCGAGGUCGUCGUGGGCGGCCUCGGUGGGAUCCUCACUGUCUUCAUCUUCGGCGCUAUUUACUACGACAGCGCGCAGAAGGGCGGAGAGCUUAUCCUCUUGCAGCAGGGAUUGUACACGGGUGACUGGGGCGCGUUUGGUGCCUUUGUCGUCGCGCCUGUUGGCGGCAUUAUCUGGGGCUUUAUUGCUCUUGCGGGACGUCUGGGGUACCAGUACGUGCAGGCUAAGAGGCAUGGCUCUCGAUUCGAUGCGUUGGAGCGUCCUGUUUCUUCCGCUGGAGUCUCUGAUGAGCAUGAUGCUAUUAACGCGGCUUAUGUCCAGGAUGAGGUCGUGUCUACUAAGUCUGCGGGCAAGUUCUUCUAGACAAUGCCUUGGCGCUGCUGUAGAUUCGUCUUGGUUCUAGAUGUUGGCGAUACUUGGGAUGUGGAGGAUGGGGCGUGUAAUGUCGCGGCUUGGAGUAACGAGAUGUCAGAAUGGCAAGAGGUGAUGAGUUGAUGAGUUGAUGAGUAUAGAAAGUAAGGAGAGACUUUAGGAGUGAAGGCUAGAGAAGCAGGAGUCGAUAGAUAGAUGACGGAUUUGGAAUGCUGGAGUCAGAUUACUCAUAUCUGCGUAUGAUAAACCUCUUGCUAUUGUGAAUAUCCAUUAUACCCAACCCGAGUACUUUCCGCGGUCUAGAUUUCAAUGUUUUAGGAAGAUAACCUAGACUUU